AUGUUAGAUAUGUCCCCUUUUAAUGAUUGGGUAAAGUCUUCCCUGCUCUCUAACACCACUGGCAGGGAUAAUAUCCCUUUAAAUGUGUCAUUUGCCUUUGGUUUGUGGGCAAUCUGGAAACGCCGUAAUGCUUGGUGCUUCUCGAGAAACAACAUCCCCAUUGCUUCCACUUAUAAACACUCUUCUUGGGCUGCUUUGGAGUGGUUCUACACUCAGAACCUUCUCUCCAAGGAAGAAAAGCCCACCCCCCCAAAGUGGUCUCCCCCACCAGUUGGCUUCAUUAAGAUCAACUCGGACGCUGCCUUUGUGUCUUCUUCUUCUAUCUCAGGUUUGGCGGCAGUAGCUAGGAACCAUUUAGGUGUGUGGUUGGAAGGGCGAGUUUCAGCUUGCUACGCUCAUGAUGCGUAUAUGGCGGAGCUUGUGGGUAUUAAAGAGGCCCUCUCUUGGGCAGAAGGAAAGGGUUGGGACCAUUGUAUUUUUGCAACUGAUUCUAGCAAUGCGGUGACUGAUAUUACUAAUGUUUCUGUUUGUAAUUCUAGAUACAAUUCUACAAUUGGUAUUUGCAGGGCAAAGCUUGAUAGGUUACAAGACUCGACGUUGAUUUUUGAGGGACGCCCGGCUAAUAUGGUGGCUGACUUGUUGGCGAAAAAAGCGAGGAACAAAUUCACCUUACACUCGGAAGUUUGUUUUUACCAAUCCCCUACCCUGGAUUGUAUUAAACUUUUAGCUGAUGAUGUGCCUGAGAAUGAUAGUAUUAAUAGGGUUGUUGGUGUAGCGCCACACCCAUCUGAUGUAACCUUUGAGAACUUAGGGGCUAGCAGCAGGUCUCUGCAUAGCUCUAUUAUUUAA